AUGAGCAAAGCUGAACCUCAAUAUAAGCCAGUCACCGUUGACAAACCAAUCCCAGUGAAUUUUGACUUGGGUAACUUGGCUACCUUUGAUCCUAACCCUGUGGAAACUUCCCAGCUAGAACAAAACAAGGAACAAUACUUGGCCGAUCUUAAUAGAGACAAUGUCCAGCUAAUGAUUAACCAGAUCUUGCUGUUGCCAAUCAAGACCACCACCGAAUCCGCUAAUGGGAAGGAUUCUUCUUUGACAUUGGUCAGAUUGCCUGCUCCAACUACAGAUCUUCCAAGAGAAAAACCAUUGCCUAAGCCAAAACCUUUGACCAAAUGGGAACAAUUUGCCAUCAAGAAGGGUAUACACAAGACUAAGAGCCAUGAUAAGAAAAUGUUUGAUGAAGAGAAAGGCGAAUGGGUCAAUAAAUGGGGCUACAAGGGUAAGAACAAGGAGUUGGAUGACCAAUGGUUGGUGGAAGUGGAUGAGAAGCAUGUUGGCACUGAUAAAGAACUCAUUGAUCCAAGAUCUUUGGCUAGAGGUGAAAGAAAGAAGUUAAUCAAGAAGAAUCUUGCCCAACAGAAGAGAAAUUUGAGAAAUGCCGAGUAA